GCGCCCGGGGUCGCCAUGGCAACGCGCGGCCGCCCCCGAUUCCCUCAGGUCUCCGCCCGGGUUCUACGGCCUAAUGGCCGAGGGCUCGAGGUCCGACGGCUUCCAAGGGGCGAAGACCGGGCCGGCCGGGGGGCUGCUCCCGGGUCGGUGGAACAGUCGGGGACGGGCGAUGACUUUUCAGCUACAAAAGACCCCACAGCUGUAGAGAGAGCAAACUUGUUAAACAUGGCUAAAUUGAGUAUCAAAGGACUCAUUGAAUCUGCUCUAAGCUUUGGCCGCACUUUGGAUUCUGACUAUCCUCCCUUGCAGCAGUUCUUUGUUGUUAUGGAACAUUGUCUGAAACACGGUCUUAAAGUAAGAAAAUCAUUUUUGAGUUAUAACAAAACAAUCUGGGGCCCUUUGGAACUGGUAGAGAAAUUGUACCCAGAAGCGGAGGAAAUAGGAGCCAGUGUUCGGGAUUUACCUGGUCUUAAGACCCCUCUGGGUCGUGCAAGAGCAUGGCUUCGAUUAGCCCUCAUGCAAAAAAAAAUGGCUGAUUACCUGCGUUGCUUAAUUAUCCAGAGGGAUCUCUUAAGUGAAUUUUAUGAGUAUCAUGCACUAAUGAUGGAAGAAGAAGGAGCAGUAAUUGUUGGGCUGCUGGUUGGCCUGAAUGUGAUAGAUGCUAACCUGUGUGUAAAGGGAGAAGAUUUAGACUCACAAGUUGGAGUGAUUGAUUUUUCCAUGUAUUUAAAGAAUGAAGAAGAUAUUGGAAAUAAAGAAAGGAAUGUUCAAAUUGCUGCCAUAUUAGACCAGAAAAAUUAUGUUGAAGAAUUAAAUAGACAACUGAACAGCACAGUCAGCAGUCUCCAUUCAAGAGUUGACUCAUUAGAAAAGUCAAAUACUAAGCUGAUUGAAGAGUUAGCAAUAGCAAAGAAUAAUAUCAUUAAACUCCAAGAAGAAAAUCAUCAGUUACGAAGUGAAAAUAAAUUGAUUUUAAUGAAAACCCAGCAGCACCUGGAGGUUACCAAAGUGGAUGUGGAAACUGAGCUUCAAACUUAUAAGCAUUCUCGGCAGGGGCUGGAUGAAAUGUACAAUGAAGCCAGAAGGCAGCUUCGAGAUGAAUCUCAGUUAAGACAGGAAGUGGAAAAUGAGCUAGCAGUACAAGUUAGUAUGAAACAUGAGAUUGAACUUGCCAUGAAGUUGUUGGAGAAAGAUAUCCAUGAGAAACAAGAUACUUUGAUAGGCCUUCGGCAACAACUAGAGGAAGUUAAAGCGAUUAACAUAGAAAUGUAUCAGAAGUUGCAGGGUUCUGAAGAUGGCUUGAAAGAAAAAAGUGAAAUAAUUGCCCAACUAGAAGAAAAAACCAAUAAAAUUACUGCAGCCAUGAGGCAGCUGGAGCAAAGAUUGCAGCAAGCAGAGAAGGCGCAAAUGGAAGCUGAAGAUGAAGACAAGAAAUAUCUACAAGAGUGUCAGAGUAAAUCGGACAAUCUGCAGAAACAAAUCUCCCAAAAGGAGAAACAGCUGGUGCAACUGGAAACUGAUCUGAAGAUUGAGAAGGAAUGGAGACAGACUUUGCAGGAAGAUCUUCAAAAGGAGAAAGAUGCCUUAUCUCAUCUUAGAAAUGAGACCCAACAAAUUAUUAGUCUUAAAAAAGAGUUCCUUAACAUCCAGGAUGAAAAUCAGCAACUGAAAAAAAUUUAUCAUGAACAGGAGCAAGCUCUUCAAGAACUUGGCAACAAACUUAGCGAAUCAAAACUUAAAAUAGAAGAUAUAAAAGAAGCCAACAAAGCAUUGCAGGGACUGGUUUGGUUGAAAGACAAAGAAGCAACACAUUGUAAACUUUGUGAAAAGGAGUUCUCACUCUCUAAGAGAAAGCACCACUGUAGAAACUGUGGGGAAAUUUUCUGUAAUGCCUGCUCUGACAACGAACUGCCUUUGCCUUCUUCACCAAAGCCAGUACGGGUUUGUGAUUCCUGUCAUGCAUUGCUGAUCCAGAGAUGUUCGUCUAAUUUGCCAUGAGACUCCAGAACGAAGUCCUUACAUAUGAAAGUACCUACAAUGAAUGGUUUAUGUAUGAACCAUGUAUAUGAUGUAUUUAGAUAGCCCUUCUUAAGCAGCUUUCAGACAGUAUUGGUACCAGUUUUAUCUUCCACGUAUUUCAACUCAUGGGAAUUAGUAGCUGUAGAAUAGCUCCUGUUAUUCAAAAAGAACUUUCAACAGGGCAUGCUUUAAAGUAACUUUAAUUCCUAAUUGAUGUAAUAGUCAUUUAACUUUUAAUGCCACUAAAAAGGCCAGAAAACAUAGCUAACACACAUUUGCCUUAUUUUUUAAAGGCCUUCUUAAAAAUAGGGGUUCAGAUUGUUUUAUUCUACAAAUUGUCAAAUUGGUAUUUGAUGGUGCCUGUAAUUUUAAUGCACUUUAAAGCUUCAGAGUUCUCAGAUCAGAAAUGCAUUGAAUUUUUACAAGUAUUCGUAUUCCAGUUCAACAGACUUGCUAAGAUUUCAACCUUAAUUACUUGUCCUUUCUGCCCCACUUCCUUUUCCCAUUUUGCAUUAGAAAAGGCCACUAUUUUAUCCUAUAAAAUUUCCUUUCGAUCCUUCUCUAAUCAGUGUGUUGGUAUUUUUCAGAUAUACUAGGUUAAAGAGGUAUUAUUUUACCUCAACUUUUUCCUUAUUUUAGAAGGAAGUUAUUUGAAAUUAUUACUUGCACAGCUUUCCAUAUGCUACAUACACCUGACUCACUAAAUUCCUAAUUUUUUUAGGGAGGGCUCAACAUCUCUAUAAAUGAAAAAAAUGUUUACUAGUAAGGGAUUAUAGGCUCCUGAUUGAUUCUCCUGGAGAAGCAUUAAAGGAGAAAUCUAGUUUGCCCCAUAGGACUGAAGUAAAAAUUUUCAGAUUUCCAUUUCAGUAACUUUUAGGAAGCAUUACAGUGCAGUGAUCCUCUACUGCACAUAUGUAUACAGUGAAAUAUUCACCAUUUACGGAGUGCCUAGAGCCAGGAUCUUGAGCAGAUGAAGAUGUGGUCUCAGCCCUGCCAUGAAAUACAUGAACUAUUUCAAGCAUGAAAGAUUCAAUAAACACUAAUCCCAUUAUACCAUACUUGUAGCACACCAAGAAUAUUUAAAUGUUACCCUCGUAAAAUUAAUCCUUUAAGCAGCAUUACCACUCGGGAGAUCACUUUUUCCCCUUUUGGUAUUAAUUUCAGCCAUGCACUUUAAGCCUGUGAACCUUUGUAACAGAUCAGAUAGGAAUCUUUGAUUAUUCCUAGGAGCAUUGUCUUUAGUGAGUUAAUCAUGGUCACUCUCUUCCCACCUCGAGGUUUGUCUGUAGGAUCCUUUCCUCAGAGUAUAAAUAGUUUCAAUAGGGUUUAAAAAUAAUUUUCUAAAUUGCCAAAGUAUGAAAUCAGUAUUUUACUUGGAUUUAUUUUCUUCAUAUUCACUUAACUUUUGAGGUCUUCAGUUAGAACCGCUGUACAGGUUUUUAAGGUGGUCUUUCUUGAAUGCUGAUGGAAAUAGUCGAGAUGCAUUAUAUUCUUGAACUGUUUUGUAUUGAUGAGUAAACAUUUUUAUGAUUGCUAAAAAUGAGAAUAAGCAAAUAGGAAAUUUCAAAUACUAAGUGUUUUUUUAUUGUGAUUAGUACAAAUUUUAAAUCGUGAUUUUGCUUAAAUUCCAAGGCUGGAUUUCAUUUGACAAACCAUGAUUUUCAGUCCCCCUUUAAAUUCCUUGCUAUUCAGAACUGUUUAUCAUCAUUGGUUUUGGGUUUUUUGUAUGCAAGCUUUUAUGACAGCAAUAUAAUUUGCUUCAUUUAGUUUGGGCUCUUAUUUAAAAGCCAUUUAUACUAAAUUUUGGAUUUUGUUAUAAAACUUCCAAUUUGUAUUGUGAACUAAUUUUCAAGAUUUGCCCUCAUAGUAUUUAUCUUAAUGAAUUUCACAUAUCAUUCUCUUGUCUAGCCAGUACUACCACAAUAAUGCUAUCACGGUGCCAAGGAAUUGUGACUGUAAUUCUUCUACUCUGCAAUGUUUUAAAAUGUGAAUUUUAUAAGCCAAAUAAAAGAUAUGAAAAAUUAA